AUGUUCCGAUCAGCUUUAAAAUUCUUCUUCUUCUUCAUGUUCGUACUGGCAGUUAUGGGCAACCGAGCAAAAAGAGGUGAGGCUAUAUAACUUCGUAUUUUACAAAAAAACUUUAGUAAAAUUUAAAAUUUUUUUAACUUGAGACAUUUUGUUAAAGAUAUUUUUGAAAAUUCGAAAAGCAGCUACCAUACUCUCUCUACCUUGCCCUACCUGAUCCUGCCUUACACUAUUUUACCAUACCCUAAUAUUCUAAUACAAUUUUCAAAAAAUAAUUUUAAAAACUCCAGCCGAAACCCCAGCCUUCCUCCAAGACGAUGGUUUGAAUGAGAUUCCAGAAGCCGAAGCUAGUGGUGAAGCCCCAUCAGAUGCCACUUUCCUACGCGAUUCCGAAGGAUCUGGCUUCGAAGCUUCGGGGCAAGAAGCUUAA